AUGGUCUCCUCUCCUCCCUCUCCUACUGUGACCGGAACCAUGUCUAGCAGCAGCGGGGCCCCUCCGGUCCUCAAGUCGGUUCCCCCGAUUCGCAUUCUCCCCUCGCAACUCGCGCGCAUUUAUUCCUUCGCUCAUCCUGCUGCGGUGCUUCUCGGAUUCACCAUUCGUUUUCCUCACCUUGUCCACGAUCCCGUCUCGGAGAUGUUGAACGCGAUUCCGUUUCUGGCCGCGAGUCAGGUUGUGUUCGCAAUCAUCUGUCUUCCCCCGGCUGUAGGAUCGCUUGAGGCCACGGGCAACAGCGGCACCUCCAGCUCGACCGCGGGCAGCACGAGCAAUAUCAUUCUUCGCCCGGGACGUCCCGCGCGUCGCAAGGGAGGUAGCGGUGGAAGCGGUGCUGGUGCUGGUCUUGGGGGUGGGCUUCUGGGUGGCUUGGGGGGUAAAGUGAUUCCUUCUGUUCUCGCUCUCAUCCUGACUGCCCUCUUGGCGACCCCGGUGCUCGCCAUCCUCCUAGUCCUUUUCGGCGCGCCGUUCACCACGCAUCAUGCCCAGACGGCCCUCUGCGCGGCCCACAUGGCUCUUCUGACGACUCUGCCCCUGGUUUAUGUUCAUGGUGUUGACGGGACUGUUUGGAGUGAGGUCUGGGGCGCCAGCCGGCCGGCUGAUGCCGUAUGGGGUGCGGCGUUAGGAACUUGCGUGGGGGCUUGGUUGGGGGCGGUGCCUAUUCCUUUGGAUUGGGACCGGCCGUGGCAAGCUUUCCCCAUUACUAUCCUGGCCGGCGCAUACAUGGGCUUUGCCGCAGGCACCCUCCUGGGCCGCUCGAAGUGGGUGUAUGGCAAGCGAUUGAGGUUCACCGAGGAGGCCGAUCUCGCAGACAAGAAAACGGAAUGA